AUGAGCGUAGACGAGGGGAUGUCGACGUCGCCUGCAGAUGACGUCGCGGCGGAUUCUGCCGAACAUCUCUACCUCGUCGUCCUGCCCAUCAUCGCCUUCUCCGGAAUCAUCGGCAACAUCAUCUCCCUCGUCACCAUCUUCCACUCACGUCUUCGGAGGGUCAGUUCUGGCAUUUCUACACUUUCUCUUGUUUCGAAAUGAUUCUCAUCAACUUAUCGAGGAGUUUGUAAAAUGUACUCUAUCGAAAAACUUUUUAUAUGUUUUCAAUCAUCGUCAACAAACUUAUAGUGCUUUACGGACAACUAUUUUUGAGUUUUAGUUUUUUUUUUGUUUUUUUUUUUGUAUUGUUUUUGGAAAAAAUUUCAUUUUAAAUAAUGAAUCAAAAAAAUCAGAAAAAAGUAAGUAAUCGGUUGAGCGAUUCUCUUGCGAUAGAAAUUUCACACUUGCUGUUUAUUUAUCCUCUUGAAUUUAUCCUAUUAAUCACCUCCAUAUGUAAUUUUCAAUUUGGAGGAUUAUAGGUUAUUUCGAGUCUGAAAGAUUAUUUUUUUUUAGUCGACGUCUCAUAAUGGUUUGCUCUGCUUGAAACCGCAGACUGGGUAAUAAUAGCUCAGAAAUAUUGAAAGAUGCGAGAGAAGUUUGAACCUUUUGGAGUGUGGGUUUGGACUAUAAAUGGGGUGAAAAGAGCUUCAAAGUUUUACAAAAAAGACGAGCAGCAAACGGAUGAAAUUGAUUUAUAGAACUCAGGAAACAUUAAAACGUGACACUGGUGAAAGUCAUCCGGGGAAAAUUAAAACUUUAAAAAAUCCCAUUUUUCUUCAUGAUUCAGCGAUCUUUUAAACGAAGAAUUUUAUAAGAACUACACCUUUCUCUGUAAUCUUGGAUAAAUCUCGCAAAUCUCUUUCUUUAUUGCAAUCCUCCUUCUUUCCUUAAUCAUCAUGGAAACCCUACAAAAACCUACUAGAGAACUAAUAAAUAUUCUCUGAAGAUGUCGAUUUGUCCAAAAAAGAAUGAUGUCCUUGGAAAAACGACAUUCCCCCCAACCUAAUUACUCGAGAAAAUUGGCUUUUGGCGUCUUUUGAAUAAACAGCUUGGGGAAAAGUUCUGGCAAAAAAAGGAAAAAAUAAUAAGAAAAAAGAAGUUCUCAGGUGAACGCCAAUACCUACUUGAUUGUGCUGACUGCUGCAGAUUCCAUCUUCCUGCUGGCCGUUCUUCUUAUUUAUUACCAGGUAAAAUGGACUUCCCAAAGUUUUUGAACGUUUUCACUGUUAUUUUCUAGUUUUUGCAGAUUUGGAAAGAACAGCGUUUAUUGUAGAAUCCGGAAAAAAAAACGGUAGAAAUGAGUGAAAAAGUUAGGCGGCAUUUUUUAAAAGAAAACAUUGUUUUCAAAGACUAAAAGCAAUAUAACUCUUCAAAUUUCGCUCUUAGAACUUAAUUUUCAAUGAAAAAAAAAUGUUAGGAUUGUUAACGGGGGACCACGGGGCUUGAAAAGGAAUAAAUGUUCGCUCGAUUUCUAUUUUUUUCAAAAAUAAUACUACAAAAAAACUCUUUUUAAAAAAAUUUCGUGGUAUGAAAGUUGAAAAAAAUUAUCAACUUAAGUUUUUUUAUUCUUUUUAUUUUUCAAAGCGAGAAGAAAAAAAGAGAAUUAUUCAAAAUAUCUAACUGAUCUAAAAAAAGAAAAAGUCAAUAAUAUCAGAAUUUCUCGUAUUCCAAAAAAAAUAAUCAAAUAAAUUUUUAAAAUUGUUAUUGCGGAUCGAUCUGAACUUGAUGAAAAAGAAGUUUUUUUGAGGUGGACUACAUAGCCUACAAGUACUGUGUGAGUCUGGAGUACGUCCUGAUGGUGGCCUCCUACGUUUCGAGCUGGUCGACCGCCGCCCUCACCAUCGAACGCUACCUCGCGAUCGCCCAUCCGCUCACCCACAUGAAGGUGCAUCCCACGACCCUGACUCAUUCUUCAAUUUCUUCUCAACAUUCACUGAUCAGUCUCAACCCCAAUGAGUUCAUUUUCAUCAAUCAAUCAAUCGGUGUUUAUUCCGCACACAGACAAAUUCCAUGUGUAGGGAAACAAGCAGGAAAAUGUAUACUAGCCACCACUUUGAGAACGUUCCUCUUCUUAUGGUUAGUCGAAAAACGCAUGUAAGUACUAUACAUCGGAAGACCAUUUUGAAUACUAUCAAUAAAUCCUCGCUAGUCUAAAUCAGUUCUGAUUCAGUAUGGCCACGUCGACCGAACCAAGAUCAUGUUCUACUGGGUUCCCAUUCCGUUCGUCCUCAACCUUUUCCAGUUCUUUGCCCUCAAAGAAUCGACCAUCGAAGGCGAACGCAAGUGUGCUCUGAAGGAAGCCAAUUAUCAAGUCAGUUUAUAAGAGUUUAUGAGGAUAUUAAUGGGCAAAUUUCAAGCUCGUAGUACUUUUUCAUACUUCGUACUCUGUUUACCGUGACUUUGAACAGUCUGUGUCUCUUCUCCCUCAUCGCCGAGACAAACUCGAGAUGGUAGCCGGUAGAAGAGAGCAGAGAGAAGUCAGACUAUUCGAGUUGUGACGAGUGAAGUAUUAGGUUGUUCAGAAAAUUCUUGCGCUUUACUCCCCCUUGUAAAAGAUUUUUUGAGCUGGAUUUUAGACUGGCCUGUCGAAGUUAUAUAUCAAUUUGAAGCGCGUGGCAUGUUUUAUUUUUUAAGUGUAAUUGUAUCAUUCAAAACGAAAUUGUGUAAGUUUUAUGUAAUUUUGAAGAAAGGGGUAAAAACAGUGAUUAAAGUAGCUUUUUUCGUUUUUCUCUCAACUAGACUUAUAAGCGUUGAAAUGAUUCGAAAUUUUUACUAUUUGUUGGACACAGUAACUACUUUCGAACAUGCAAUGUGAUUGCUACUGGAAAAAUCUUUGGCCAAGACUAUGAGCUCGACAACUGAGGACAGUCAUUUUUGAGUUAUUUUUCUACUGCGCGGUAACAAAACGUCCUGGUAGCUGCAACUUUGCGAAAAACUUUUUUUUGUUGCUUGAGAGGAUGUAUAUAGAAAAAUUUCCUGACUGGAGAACUUUUUCAGACAUCUGAAAAGCUCACUAAAUCUGUACCUCACGAAUCUCACUAGAAGCAUAACGUUUCUUUCUUCUCGUCUAAUUAAAAUGCAAAUGUGAUCUGAAUUUUUGAAUAGAAUAACAUUUUUGAAUAGCGAUAAUAAGAAAGACGUCUACAACGAUUUUUAAGCCUAUUUUUACUGCAUAGCCCAAGGCGCCGCUUUGGAUAGUUCUUCGAACUCAACCUAUCAAAUAUUGACGAUUGAGUAUGUUCUAGGCUAUCUACAGUUGUUAUAACGUAUCAUAAGUAAUCUCAACUUUCUACUCUACAAUAUUUAAGCGACGUUGUUCACUAAUCAAAAAAAAAAUUCCACGAAUUAGUGUUUAAAAAUUUUGAAAAAAUUGAAACUAAAAAAGCCACGUUUUGUCCUGUACCGCGCUUUGCGAAAGUUGUAAGUAAAAAAAACAAACGAAACAAGAAAAAUGAUUACAUUUUAUUUUUCUCUUUUGUCAACCACAGCCUUGCUAAACAACAGCUUUCUAAACUAUGGAAACAGUUGCACGCGAAAAAAUGCUUUGAAACCGAAACCCUCUCAAAAUAGGCUUCGAGAGUUUUAAAGCCCAAUCAGGAGACAAAUGAUGGACACACGGAGUGAGAUGAAUGGAAAUAAAUAAAACCCGAAUUUUCAGCACCCCAACGAGUGCAGAUACCGGGACUGAUUAUACACGUAAAUUUAGGAGAUAGAGAAAAGAAAAUUUCCUAAAGGAGUCUGGCCGGCACGUUCGUGUACAAAUCGCUGAUGUCGAGCGAGUCGAGGAUCCUUCUAAAGCUAGUCGGCGAAACGUUGAGGUCAUAUCUAGAGCAGAGUCGAUUCCAAAUUGGAAUGACUGAGCUAAAGAAAUUCGAAAAGUGAGAACCCGUCUGAACAAGCCGAAGAGGCUGUCGAGGCGAAUGAGUUCUUCAGAAGUAUUUUUCUGCGCUUGGAAAAUGGUAUAUGCCCAGGACAAUUUUUUGAAGUGUGCGUAAAGCCGUGAUUUUUCUUCUACGGAAAACAUGAACUGAGUUCAAUGUAUCCAGACGAUCUGAGUAUGACGAAAAGCUAGCGUUUCUUCUAAUGAAUAUCUCUCUUGUAAAGGUUCGAUAAGGUUUCUCUAAAAUGAAAGAUAGAUGCGAGUUGAUAGGCGGACAAAAACUUUCGCAGCAGUAUUCUAGGUAUGGUCUUGCGUAUAGGUUGAAAAGGAUAUUAUAUCGAGGAAGUGAGACAUAAGAAAAAGCCUUCAGGAGUUGUCUAAACUUGAGCAGUGCUACACUAACUGCGUUGGUAAUAUGCGCUUCGAAGGAGAGGUUUUUUUAUAAUUUUUUUAUAAAAAAAUUCAAUAGUUUUUUUAAAAAAAGUUUUUUUAUAAUUCAGGGUUUGAUAUCCUCGACUGAAUUUUUUUGUGUUUUUUUGUUGUCACCUGAUCACUUAAUAAGAUGGUUUUGGUUUUGAUCAGAAAUAAUAACUCUGAGCGAAGUUAGGAUCAUUUGAAGUCGAAUAAUAAAAAGCGCAAUUACUUUCUGAACAACCCAAUAUAAUGGUUACAUUUUUGUUGACUCCGUGAAAAUUUUCAGUUCUCUUUUUUCAAUAUUUCAAUUUUGCUUCUGAUUCAAACAAAAUGAUUUAAACUACAGAUAUUUGCUCAAGUGGCCGACACGUUUCUAUGUUACGUCGUCCCAUGUGCAAUCAUUGUUGUCCUGAAUCUACUGGUCGUUGUCAAAGUGAGUAUCUGAUCAAAUGAUUCUUUUUUGAAUCUCCUUGGUCUCCAAUAGAAUGACUCAUUUUGUUGUAGUUAGUUCGAAGCUGCGUCUGACCACAGAGAGACUUGCGCGCGUCAUUGUUUUGAAGCUUAAGAACAGCACCAAGUUCAAAUUGAACCGCGACCCGUUGAGCCAUUGUAGAGCGAUUUUUGAGAGAGAACUUUCUAAAAUAAGGAUAAUUUUUUUUUUCGUUCUUCAAUAUUUAACCAAAUCUUCUUCCUCAAUCUUCAUCAUCAAACUAAAAAUGAAGGGUCACUAGACGCUCUAUUUGCAAUUCCGAGCGAUAAUAUGUUUCAAGGAACCGCGAAGCGUGACACUUUCAUUCAUAUAAUGUACUUCCGAAUAUUGAGGGCGACCAGAAUAAACUAAACUUAGCGAGAAGGGAGAAUGAUAGGUAAACUGGAGCUUUCAGGAGAAAAAAUACUGUGACAUGGGACGCCAAAAGAUCGCCACAACUCUUUCUGAAUCCUUUUGUUCGAAUAAACUGUGAAAAUUUCUCGAUUUCAGGUUCGAAAGUCUCAGCAAUGCUUCCAAAACGAGUCGAAGAACAAUUCGAGACGUCAAGGAGGUUUUCUAGAUUUUUUGGAACUAUUCAAAAAAUCACACGUCAUGAAGAGAUUUUUCUGAAAUUGUCACCAAAAUCUUCUUCUUUUUAAAGGAAAAGUCUUCACACACAAGAACAAUAAGUUAACGAAAUAAAUUUAGGGAAAUCUAGAAAUUACGAAUUUAGACCUAAACUGCUUAAAGGACGGCUAACAUUUCAGUUAUCGAUUAUAAUAUUCACAGUUGCGUCGAAAAGAUAAAAAAAAAGAAAAAAAAAUAGUAACAUCCAUUCUUUUUUUCAUCAUAAAUCUUGUUCAGAGUUUUGCUCAAUCUUAAAUCAAAAUUUUUUUUAAAUCAAAAUGUUUUAUUUCUCACACACAAGUACUAAAUUUCACGAAAUAGAUGUAGGGAGAGUUUGGGAACAUAUGUGUCGGAACUUGUGGUGAUGGAGGGAAGAGGACUCGCGGUCGUGUUAACCCCCCACUUGAGUAAAUUGGAAUAACCAUGAAGUUAUUCUUUUAAAUGUCGAUUAUGUAGCUUUCAUAUUUUUGUUGGAUCAAGAGUGUUUGGUUCUGUAAUGUUGUUUUCAAACCAUUUCUCAAGUUUAGAUCUAAACUUAUUUUUUUCAUACUCAAAUACUAUGCUUCUAUCCAUGUGAUUCCAAUGAUUGUAAACUCUUUGAUUGAUGAACCGGUGGUGUAUUUCAGAAAGUAGAGGCCGCUCUAUUUUGAGACCAUUUCCUCGCAGUUGAUUCGAUCUACUUGUUGUAUUUUGUAAAGGAGAUGGGCACCAAUAGUAUCCGUAAAUGAAAUUGUGAGCAGCAGUUAUGUCUUUUUUUAAACGUCUUUGCCAAAGGGUGUUUAGUCCGAGACGUUGAAUUCUUUCUUUGUAAUUCAUUUUAGGGAAAAGUCUUUUAGUAAACUUCCUGAAACUUUUUGGAGUGGGGUUUUUUUUUCUGGGAACUGGAAUUUCACAUCUGUGUUAAAAAGUAUUAGUUUUCAAAACUGAAGACAAUUUCAGAAAUAUUGAGCUCCGUAAGAGAAAGUUGUGAUCAAAAAAGCGUUUUCUCAUACCUUCUGAUGAAACCAGCCGAUUCGCGGCUGGUUUCCACCAACCAGGCCUUGUCUCUUUCAUCGUUUCAGGACCCUUUUUCCGACGGCUCAAGCCAGUCGUGAAAACUGUAUAUUUUUUGUAUAAAGCUAAUAAAAGGAAAAUUGAAUACAGAAGUGGAGACACUGCUUUGAAGGAACUUCGGGACAGUCGGGCACCUGGACGAGGAUCCUCUGGGUGAUGCCUCUGGUGUUCGUCGUCCUCAACACGCCGUUCUACGUCCUGUCCAUGAUCGAGAUCGUCAUUCAGGUCGUCUACGAGUCGCCAUCCUCCAUGACCAAUCGAUCGGAGCUUUUCGUGGUCAGUUCGAACUGAAUCAACUUGCUUCGGCUGGCAAAAAAAAAAGAAAGAAAUUCUUAUCGUUGAAUUGAUGAAAAAGUUUCUGAUAAGUGUUCAAGAUGAUUUAGAAAUUUCAAAAUUAAAGAGAACAAAGUUCGAUCUAGUUCUCGAACCUUUUUAUAAGUGAAACACCUGAAAAGCAGUAAAUUAUAUAGAUUUUUGAAAGAGGCGAAGAAGGAUUAUUCCUUUCAGAAAGCCUACAACUACGCACACUACAUGUAUUACUGUAAUACGGCGAUUGACGUGUUUGUGUACGCAUUUUCAAGGUUUCGUUUUCAAAUAUUAACUUCCAAAAGUAAUAAUUUCAGUGCAAACUUCCGAAAAACGGUUGUAAUUGCCUGGACCCGGAUUUUCUACACAGUACUCCAACCAUGCUAUGGAAAACCUCCAGCCAAGGUACCUUAUCACCAAUUUUCUGUCACUUUUUUCGGAAAUUCCAUAAUUUUUUGAGUGAAGUGAUGCUUAAGUACCAAUUUCAUUGAGAGCUUUCAAAACUCAGUUUUCAUUUUGUUCUGACAAGGGAGAUAAAAAUAAAAAAAGAUUAUCAUGGAUGUCUUUAUCGAACUUCACUGCGUAUUGACUUUUUAUUCAAAAAAAAGGUAAGUUUUCAUCGCUUUCUGGGUUCCUUCAUUUCCGACUUUUCUUUGUUUCGCCGAUCUGGCUUUUCCAGGACUGUGUUGUGAUAAUACUUUUAUUGAAUUUCGAAAUAUCCCUUGAUUACAAUAGUUUAUUCACUGUCAAUCAAAACAAUAAGAUAAGAUAAGAUUUAUUUGAAGUUGUGGUUAUCUGCUCGCUGGCCUACUUUGAAUUUUAGAAUCAUACGAAACUGCUUUUCAUCUACGAAAAUAAGUUUUUGGGUGAUGCGGCUCCAAAAAAUAUUUAAAUGAUACAUUUUUUAAAGUACAUAUUUCUUAACAACAGACCUAAGCAAGAUUUAGUCGCAUCAACUGUCUAAUAAUCACGGAUUGGAGGAAGUUUUCCAUUAUUCAUUAUGUGUAUUUCCUCAAAAUCUCUUUGAAAAUUUAUAAGAAGUGGUCUUCGUUGCGCGUAGUCCUGGAUUAUAAUUUUGCGCCGCUUUCCUUUUUAUGGCUUCAAACUGUCGGCAUUUCGGGCGGAAACCUUCACGGCUUCGACCAACGCCUCGCUGAAAAUGUCGCGACGUCGACGUUUCCAAAAAUGGCUGGCCGAUCUUCAGUCGGAUUCUCCGUCGCCGCCGCCGCCGCUACCGCCAACGACUCAAAAAGUAGGACUGUGUGCUGAGAAAGAAGCUCAUUUUACUGGGGAAUUUUCUGAAAAUCGGUCAGACUACGUCUUAAUGAACCACGCAAAGAUCUUCUCAACCUGUUAAGCUUCCCAAUUAUUGAGAAAGGACACCUCAAAGUCAAUGACAACCAUUAAAAAUCUGUGAAAAUAGGACAUUUACAGAUUUUGAGGCCAAAUUUCUCAAUAACGAGAAGUUUGUGCAUUAUUGAGUUUUCUGACCUAUUUUCAGGUAAGCCCCAACCGAAAAUUUACAAAAUUUCUGUGAGAAAAAAGUGGGAAAACUGCCGUUUUUUAAUAUUUAGGCACAGACUUGACUUCGCAACUCUUGAUUAAAAUAAAAUAUACCAUGAAAAUUCGACUUCUAAAGCUCUUCCCAUCUUUUGGCAACAAAGUGUCGUUCUUCAUUUUUUUCGAAUCUCAUUGCGAGAAAAAAAAUCAAUAGAAUCAGGUGAAUCAGCCAUAUUUUCAGAUUAUUACUGUUCUCCGUAGGGCACACAAACUCUAAAAAGAUGCGGCUUUUUUCUUUCAUUUUUCAAAAAGCAAGCUUGGUUUCUCUGUCUGAAGAUUUGAACCUACUAAUCCAGCUUUUUGCACGCACAUUUUCCUUAUUUAUUUGCUUGCUUUAUCAUUUUCUUUUUUUUGCAUGCGCUUUGGGGAGUGGUUUAUUUCCAUUUCCAUUUUAUUUUUUGUUUUUACCCGGUUUUUUUUCUCAGUUUCUAGUGAAAAUAAAAUAAUGGCAUGAAAGGUAACCUUAAAAGACAGUGAAAGUUUCUUAUAUUUAGUGUUCUAACAAAUUUAGUCGACGAUUGAUUCUCAUGCAUUUCACUCCGAGUGGUGUACUAAUCAAAAAGUUAUGACGUGUUUAAUCACAAAAAGGAGCAUGUUUCGAAAAAGAGCAAUGUUUCGGUUGAGAAAAAAAACUUUUUUCAAGGAUGUCGAUAAUUUUUUAUAUCUCAAAGACUUCCCACUUCAUCAUUGAACGCGUCGUUGGAAUUUCUAUUCAGAAGUUUAAAGUGGGAUUUCAGGUGAUUCUGACGGAUCAGACGUCGAGGUACAGCUACAGGAUGACGUCCAUCGACGGGUCGAAGAGGGCGUCCUCUCCGAAUCCGACGGCGCCUCUCCUCGACACCGAGGUCCAGCAGGCCAACAAGACCCUUCUCACCACUGCCAUAUAA